UGCUGAUCUAUUUGGGAAGUUGGCUGGCUCUCAAGGCAGAGUCUCUUCUCAAAGGCUGUUUCACAGUGAAAAUAUGCUCAGUGCAGCCGAGUGCAUGAAUGAAAAAGCCUCUGGUACCUUCUAGUCUGGCAAAAUGCAGCACAAAACUCAACUUACUCUGUCUUUUCUGCUGUCCCAGGUUCUGUUGCUUGCAUGUGCAGAAGAUUUAGAAUGUGUCCCUGGAUUCCAGCAGAAGGUUUUUUAUAUAGAAAAGCCAUUUAAAUUCACAGAGGACCAGCUGGUUCUGAACCUGAAAUUUGAUGACUGCAAGGGGAACAACAAAUUGAACUUUGAAGUUUCUAACCCAGACUUUAGAGUGGAACUCGAUGGGAAUUUGGUUGCACUCAAGAAUGUAUCAGAAGUUGGCAGAGCCUUGUUUGUCCACGCACGGUCGGAGCACGCCGAGGAUAUGGCAGAAAUCUUUAUUCUUGAAGCAAAUGAAAAACAUGGUGCAUUAAAGGAAAUCUUAAAACUGGAAGGCAACCUCGGAAUUCCAAGGCAAAAAAGGGCUAUUUUGGCAACUCCAAUAUUAAUUCCUGAAAAUCAAAGACCUCCAUUCCCCAGAUUAGUUGGCAAGGUCAUCAGAAGUGAAGGGACAGAGGGAGUAAAGUUUCGCCUCUCUGGGAAGGGAGUAGAUCAAGACCCAAAAGGAAUUUUUAGAAUCAAUGAGAUGAACGGGGACGUCUCAGUGACCCGAACCCUUGAUCGAGAAGCAAUUGCCAAUUACGAGCUGGAGGUGGAGGUGGUGGACAUGAACGGGAAGACCAUGGAUGGCCCGGUGCGCCUGGACAUCUCGGUCAUCGACCAGAACGACAACAGGCCCAUGUUCAAAGAGGGCCCCUACGUUGGGCACGUCAUGGAGGGAUCUGCCACAGGAACCACGGUGAUGCGCAUGGCAGCGUUCGACGCCGACGACGCCAGCACGGACAACGCCCUGCUGCGCUACAACAUCCUCAGGCAGACCCCCACCAAACCCUCCCCAAACAUGUUCUACAUCGACCCUGAGAAGGGAGACAUUGUCACGGUGGUGUCCCCUGCGCUGCUGGACCGAGAGACCAUGGAAAGCCCAAAGUAUGAGCUGGUGAUAGAAGCCAAGGACAUGGGUGGGAUGGAUGUGGGACUGACAGGCACAGCCACUGCCACCAUUCUUAUCGACGACAAAAAUGACCACGCACCAGAAUUCACCAAGAAGGAGUUCCAGGCCACAGUGAAGGAGGGGGUCACAGGUGUAAUAGUGAACUUAACUGUGGGUGACCGGGACGACCCCGCCACCGGGGCAUGGAGAGCUGUCUACUCCAUCAUUAAUGGGAACCCAGGGCAGAGCUUUGAGAUCCACACCAACCCCCAGACUAAUGAGGGAAUGCUCUCUGUUGUCAAGCCUUUAGACUACGAGAUUUCAGCCUUUCACACGCUGCUGAUCAAGGUGGAGAACGAAGACCCGCUGAUCCCAGACAUUGCCUAUGGGCCCAGCUCCACAGCCACGGUGCAGAUCACCGUGGAGGACGUCAACGAAGGCCCCGUGUUCCACCCCAACCCCAUGGCAGUGACCAAGCAGGAGAACAUCCCUGUCGGCAGCGUGGUGCUCACGGUGAACGCCACCGACCCGGACACUCUGCAGCACCAGACCAUCAGGUAUUCAGUGUACAAGGACCCAGCAGGGUGGCUGGAAAUCAACCCCACCAAUGGCACCGUUGGCACCACGGCAGUGCUGGACAGGGAAUCUCCCUUCGUGCACAACAACGUCUACACUGCUCUGUUCCUGGCCAUCGACAGUGGUAACCCUCCUGCUACGGGUACAGGAACUUUGCACAUCACCUUGGAGGAUGUCAAUGACAACGUCCCAUCCCUUUAUCCAACACUGGCAAAAGUUUGUGACGAUGCAAAAGAUCUCAGGGUAGUGGUUCUAGGAGCAUCAGACAAAGACCUUCAUCCCAACACAGAUCCAUUCAAAUUUGAGCUCAGCAAGCAAUCCGGCCCAGAGAAGUUGUGGAGAAUCAACAGGCUUAACAAUACCCAUGCCCAGGUCAUCCUGCUUCAGAACCUGAAAAAGGCCAAUUACAACAUCCCCAUCUCAGUGACAGAUUCUGGAAAACCUCCUCUGACCAACACCACAGAACUGAGGUUACAAGUGUGUACCUGCAAGAAAUCCAAAAUGGACUGCAGUGCAACUGAUGCUCUCCACAUCAGCCUGACCCUAAUCCUCCUUUCACUCCUCAGUUUAUUUUGUCUGUAAGAAUUCCUGCCAUUUGAAGCUGUCCUACCGAGUUGCCGUGGCAACGAGAAGAAGGAAAAAAAACCCAUCAGCUCUGAAGAUUGCAGUUUACAAUGACUGUUCUUCACUCCUCGGCCUCAGUUGCUCCAGUUUAGUUUGCAAUCUCACUCAAUCUGUCCAGCUGUACCUUGGUGUUCGACAGCCUCCACCCCUCUGCCCUCUGGCCCUGGAUUCCUCCUGCAGGACACAAGGUUUACUCAAAAAAUUUACUCUGAAUGUUAAAAGACCAUGACAUCCAAACCCCACCUUGGGGGAGCAGAAAAAAAAAGAGAAAAAAAAAAAAAAAAACAACACCACAAAACCAGAUUGACUCCAUUUUUUUCUAUCUGUUGACUUGUUGCUAUUCAACUGUUCAGAAAAUAUUUUGUCUGUGGGUUAGUAUUUGUAUAUGUAUGAGUGUAUGUAUAUAUAUAUAUUUAUAUAGAGAGAAGAGUUAUACCACAGGUUUAGCUUUUAUAAAAUGUUCAUCUGGAGGGUGAGAAGAAGGGAGGGAGCAGAAUGACACAGCCACAGAUGAACUGUAGCUGUCCCAGCGUGGCUAAACCUGCUGUGUUUGCUGGCCAGAGCGUGGCCAGCAGGAGAGAGCCCGUGGCCACCCCGGGCUCUGCCGCGGCCCUUCUCGUACCUCAGGUUCAGCAAACAAGAAAUGCAAGUCCCCAGGGCUUGUUCCUGCUCUGAGCUGCUCUCCCUGGGCCCCAGAGGGAGCUGAGGAUGCAGGAGGAGCAGCCAAGUGCGAGCAGCUCAGCCUGAUUUGAGGGGCCAAAGGGCUGAAACAUUGGCUGGGGCAGGUGACAAAAUGUUUUCGUCAGCUCUGCAGGUGAGAAGCUGAGUCCAACAGCAACGCCCAGUGCUUGCCAGAGCACUGAUCUCUGCCUCAGCCUCUGUGCCAGCAGCAGCACAGGUGCCCUGUUCUAUAAAUACCCUCACAACCACACAAAUCCAUCCUUUUGGGUAUAUAUAUACAUACAUACACACGUACACACAGUUUCCAGUUAAGAGUAACAAGAGCAUUUCUUUGUGUGUGUAAACUUACCACACCUGUUUGCAGACAUGGGAAAAAAGGGUGUUUGUUCUCUAUGAAUAUGGAUCCUUUUUUUAUUCUGUGAGCAUGUAAGGUCAAAAAACAAACAAAAAAAAAAAUCCUUCUAACUGUAUGAAGAUGAUCAUCUUGUUAAUAAACUGUAAAUGAUCCAUCAAAGCUCACACCAAAUUUUUAUAAAAUUAACACAAAAAGUAUACUAGUGACAGACUGUGGCUUUUAUUAGAGCUUGCCAGUAACUAGGGUAAGGUAAGUGUCUUAGAAUAUUUUAAUAAACUUGCUUAUUUAAAGUUUAAACAAGAAAGCUUCCUUAUGCAAUAGAACUUUGCAGCUGCACUCUUUAGUUAGCAUUUUUACAGUAAUUAUGGGUCAUACUCGAUGGCAUCCUUACUACAGUGAGAGUAUGAGCAUACCUUCCACACCACAUAUAUGUUUCAAUAGUAAAGAUUUUUGGAAGCAUUAAAAGUAAGUCCAGACAUACAUUUAGUUUCCCAUAAUGCUACACUAGAUAUUAAAUGUGUGUUGGUGGUUAAAAUUUGCUGUACAAUAGCUUUUCUCCGAGUUCCUGUAUUAUACCAAAUAUGAAACAGGUUUUUCUUUUUCUUCCUUUUUUUUUUUUUUAUUUUUAAUCAAAAGGAGUAAUAACAACAGCGACAGAGGAAAAAUGAGCUUGUGUUGGGAGCUUUCCUAACGUUGUAGAUUUCUUGAUAAGAUAUGAGCUGCCUUCAGACCAGCUUAACUCCUGCAGUCCUGACCAAGUGCAAUCUGCCCCUGCUCCCUGCAGCAGCCUCUGUGUCACCAAAGUGGCACUUGAGGGUCACUGGGAGCUGGUCAAAGACACCAGGAGUGGCUUUGGCAGCUUCAGGCAUCCCAGCAGGGAUGAUCCCAACCCUUGACAUGGGCACACUCCUGGUCCUCUCUCCCUGCCCAUGCCUUUAAGGACCCCACGCUGCUGCUUUGCCAUCAACAAUCACAUCUUUUUUAUUAAAAAAAAAAAAAUAGAUAUUAUUUUCAAACAAAUUUUCCAAAAGGAUUUAACUACUGUAUGGCACCUCUGGAAUUCCAACAUGUAUGUUCAAUGAAUGCACCCAAAGAUAUUCUGCACCCUGUGCUUUGAGCUACAAAACCUCUAUCUUGAAUAAAAGAAAUUAUAUUACCCUCCCCCACAAA